AUCAUUAAUAAUAGAUAGUGAAUCUUUGGCCAGGUUUGUGGCUACUUUGCAUUCCAUGAAGGAGUGAAGUGUAGUUUAGCUACACCAGCUCUGACAUUAUGGAGGAGAAAUGAAUACUUAAAUAACUGAUAUUUCUCUUGGCGUCCCUCUCCUGGGCAGGGGUAAGUGACCUUUGCCUUGCUCUCUCCUUGACCUCCCGUGGCGUGGACGGGUAGUUGCCUGGAGUGUGGGGCGAGUCUAGUGUUGAGAAGGGAGCAUGCCCUGCCUGUGGUUGGGGUGGGGAAUUGCUAAUAUGGGGCUGGGAGGCAGCAAGUUGCUGGAGGCCAAUUUAUUUAUAAUGCAACAUUUCAUAGGGAUGUACUGGGAAAAAUAAUACAUUGAUAUACAUUAUCAGUAUAAUUUGUUAGUUUUGCAGGUCAGGAUAAAUGGUUUAAUGGACAGCAUGUAACCCCCAGGUCAUAGUUUGCCCACCCCGGAUUUAUAUAGCAGUUUUUCAGAACAAUGUAAUCAAUCAAUGUUUGUGAAUAACCAAAUUAACGAUUACUCUCUGCAUUGUUCAUUUUAGCUGUCUUGUCAACCGCAGAUUCCGAUGAGUUUCAGAAUGGGUCACUCCCUUCUGACAAUGGUUUUCCUGAAACAUCAGGUAAAGUACACAAGAUACACCAUUAAAUGUAUAACCUUUAAUAACACAAACAAACACUUUAUUCACGUUUUUGUAACUCUAGAAGAAAAUUGCAGCUAUCACGAUGUUUUGGGAUACCUGAAACUGACCACAGACAACAGCCUGUUUACCAUGAGCCGGCCGGUUAAACACCACCGUAGAACAACACCAGUGCACCUUCAAAUGGCGCUUUAUGCAAUUCUAGACGUGAGAGAGAUUGAUCAAACUUUUAUUUCAUAUGUCUGGAUUUACAUGACAUGGACUAAUGAACAUAUUCAGUGGAAGCCUGAAGACUUUUGUGGAAUUUCAAAUGUGACAAUUCCAAAUAACGCUUUAUGGAAACCUGAUCUGACAAUUGAGGAGAUGAUAGAGAAGGACAAAGCCCCACCAAGUCCUCUUCUUCAAAUAUUUUAUAAUGGCACAGUGUUUUAUAAGAAUGAUCAAGUGAUCAUCAGCACCUGCCAGAUGCGCGUUUACAAAUUUCCCUUUGACACUCAGAGCUGUAAUAUCACCUUCAGGUCAAUCUUACACAGCGGUGAAAUUAAUUUGACAGUGAAUGAAAACAAUUCAGAAAUUACAAUGUGGUCACGUGAAAUAAUGCUGACGCAGUACGAGUGGGUGUUUAUCAGCAUGUCAGUCGACAAGCACUUGGAAGACAAUUUGGGCUGCAUACAAACGUCAGUCAUUUACACUAUCACCAUGAAAAGACGGUCCAUCCUCUAUUGUGCCAAUUUUUUGAUUCCCAUCUUGUUCCUGCUGAUGUUGGAUUUGGCCUCUUUCCUUAUUCCGAAAACUGGAGGUGAAAAGCUAGGCUUCAAAGUCACUGUCCUGCUCGCAGUGACGGUGAUGCAGCUUCUACUUAAUGAGAUUCUGCCAUCCUCAACGGACACAAUUCCACUUGUAGUUCUCUACUGUAUUGGAAUAUUUGGUCUGAUGCUGCUCAGCCUCAUGGAGACAAUUCUGGUCAUGUAUUUGUUGGAGAAAGACUCUGAAUCCCAGGACAGUGAAGGGGAUCCAGCUUUCUAUGCAGAGCAAAAUGACAAGAUAAUUAAACUCAACAGCAGAAAUAAUUUUACAGGUUAGACCUGCCUCAUAAUCUACAGAUAUUCAGAUAAGAUCACAAUAUGUCAAAAACAAUCAAGCUGUAGUUUGUUUUCUGUAAGGAA